AUGGCCAACCCACCUCAGACUGCGAUCCAAGACAUCCCGGCCGAGAAUAACGGUCCCAUUCCCAAGCAAGGCAUUGAUGUCCUGCACCCUUUCCCUCCAGUCAAAGCGGUCAUUAUCAACGCUGCGCAGCCAUCGGCAGAUGCCGUGACGCCAGCAGAGCGACUACCCAAUUUCCCAUUCAAAAGCACCCCUGCGCGUAUUCCAGCCUCCAGCAUAGAACAGACUGAUGAUGAACAUCCCAAUGACGUGGCUGGGGUCGUGUUUCCGCCAGAUGAACGCCAUAUCUACCAUGACACCAACUAUCCCUUCUCCUGUAUAGGCAAAGUCCGCACAGCGGUUAGUACCUCUUCCGGCACGCUCGUGGGGCCACGUCACGUCCUCACGGCAUCGCAUUGCGUCAACUGGACCCGCGAUGCAAAUGGCAACAUUGGUUGGAUGUCAUUCACUCCAUCUUACUACGAUGGUCGUGGACCUUGGGGCGAAUUCUACGUCACUCAUACGCUCGCGUACAAGGAGAACGGCAGGAGAAUGACGGACGAGCAAUCCGCAUGGGACUAUGCGGUGUGCGUCCUGAGCGAACCCAUUAACACCAAAGUAGGCGGGACGAUUGGCACAAAGGAGUACAGCGCGAGCUGGAAUGGGAAACCUUACUGGAUAUCAUUCGGAUAUCCUGCGGAUCUGUUCAAUGCGGAGCGACCAGAGUAUCAGAACGGAUGCGUCAUUAGCACGACCGAGACGUUCGGGAAUGCUCAACUGCUGGGCCACUUCAAUGAUACUUUCAACGGACAGAGCGGGGGACCAGUAUGGGCCAAGUGGGAUGACCAGCCAGGUCCGCAAAUCGUCGGUGUGGUGAGCACAUCGCCGGAUGUUCCUCAGACGGGCUCUACCGCCGGAGACAAUCAGUAUGCCGGCGGCAGAGCGAUGGUUGAUCUAGUGAAACAGGCGCUCAGAGACUAUCCAUGA